UUCGCUUUGUUGAUGCAUUGUCUUGCAGGGUAUCAUGGGUCUUGUCAAAGUCGUAAAGAACAAGGCUUACUUCAAGCGUUACCAGGUCAAGUUAAAGCGUAGACGACAAGGAAAGACCGACUAUUACGCGAGAAAGAGACUCACAGUCCAGGACAAAAACAAGUACAAUACUCCUAAAUACCGCCUUAUCGUCCGUUUCACCAACAAGGAUGUGAUUGCUCAGAUCGCGUACUCCAAAAUUGAGGGAGAUGUGAUUGUUGCUUCUGCUUACUCACACGAGCUUCCGGCGUUCGGCAUCAAGGUUGGUUUGACCAACUAUGCUGCUGGAUACGCUACGGGUCUUCUGCUUGCUCGUCGUCAUUUGAAGAAUCUGCAGCUGGACAAGACCUUCAAAGGGCAGGAAGAGGUCAAUGGUGAAUUCUACACUGUGGAAGAAGAGGACGGUCGCGCUCCAUUCAAGGCGGUGCUCGAUGUUGGUCUAGCUCGUACCACUACCGGAUGCAAGGUCUUCGCAGUCAUGAAAGGCGUUGCCGAUGGUGGAAUCGAAGUCCCCCACAGCGAAAAUCGAUUCUUUGGUUACGAUUCUGAGUCCAAGAAGUACGAUGCUGAAGCCCACCGAGACCGUAUCUUUGGGAAACACGUUGCAGAGUACAUGCGCUCACUGAAGGAAGAAGAUGAAGACGCUUACAAGCGACAGUUCUCUCACUUCAUUGCCAAUGGCAUCACUGCUGACAACUUGGAAGAGAUGUACAAGAACGGUCAUGCUGCCAUCCGUGAGAAUCCCGAUAGACGAACACAGCCUUCCAAGAAAGCUGGAGAAAAGAAGAGAUGGGGCGCCAAGAAGAUCACCUUGGAAAAGAGAAAGGAACGCAUCGCAGAAAAGAAAGCCCUUUUGCUGCAGCUGAAAGCACAACAGGAAGCGAUGUAAACCCUCAAUAUGUUAUAUAAUGAUAAAUUGUUGUUGUUGUUAUAAGAUUUUUCUACGAUGUUGCAUGCACAUGUGGAUGAAAAGAUCUAGUGAUGUUUUUGACAUUCUUUUCUGCAGUAUAGGCACACUAUCUUGCGAAUUAACUCG